AGGGUGAAAGUAAAGAUCUUUCUCCUGAAAAGUGUCUUACGGGAAUAUUUCAUUUUUGCCCGUUAACCUAUGUGGUAUUUUUGAAGGUUUUAACGUGUUAAACUGUUGCCAGUAUGGAGACCCCAAGCCCAGACAAUGCUGAAUCCUCCGAUCGUGUAGUUUUUGACCACUUUGUGUUAAAUAUCCCGAGCGUUAUGGCAUAUGACGUUGGACAAUUGUCUCGCGUAGUUGUUCCAAAACCUCCAGGUCAUGAAGCUUCAAGGCCCGGAGAAAAUCCAAAAGCUGUAUCUUCAGAUAUAGAGGGAGCGUCUGGACACCCUGCGUUGAACAGUCCUAGAGCUAAGACGUACAUGGUUGAAGAAUUGUCUUACACAGUUGCUCGACACACUCGUAAGUCACCAUCUCCGGAUCUUCGUGCUGCAGGGUCUGCACCAUCUCCGGUUCCUCGUGCUGCACGGUCUGCACCAUCUCCGGUUCCUCGUGCUGCAGGGUCUGUUGACAGUAUGGAGAUCCCAAGCCCAGACAAAGCUGAGUCCUCCGAUCCCGGAGUGUAUGACCACUUUGUGUUCAAUAACCCGAACGCUACGGCAUAUGAGGUUGAACAAUUGUCUCGCGUAGUUGUUCUAAAACCUCCAGUUGAUGAAGCUUCAAGGCCCGAAGAAGAAUUGUCUUACACCGUUGCUCGACACACUCGUAAGUCACCAUCUCCGGGUCUUCGUGCUGCACGGUCUGCACCAUCUCCGGUUCCUCUUGCGGCACCGUCUGCACCAUCUCCGGUUCCUCGUGCUGCAGGGUCAGCAGAAAUCAAGAGCACACCAUCUUCCAAUGUAAGUCAAGGAUCUGGACACUUUGAUUUCAAUAACCCGAGCGCUGCGACAUACAAGAGAGACGACUUUUCUCGUAUAGUUGUUCAACGCGGCACGAAUGAGCAAUCGACGGACCCUCAAGCUUCAAGUUUGGCUGAAAGCCGAAGUACUUUAUUUUCUGAUGAGGAAGAGUAUGGACAGCUUUCGUCGAAUAGCUUGAGUCUUGCGACGUACGAGAUCGAACGAACGUCUCGUUUAAUUGCUAAACGGGCCACAGAGGAGCAAUGGACGAUUCCUCAAGCUUCAAAGUCUACUGAAGGCCCAAAUAGUGAUGUUUUGUCUCUAGAGGACCCAUUUGAACAAUUUCAUUUGAAUAGCCCGAUCGCAAAGUCUCUAGAGGACCCAUUUGAACAAUUUCAUUUGAAUAGCCCGAUCCCAAAGCCUCCUAGAAGCCCGACUGCUGUAGAUUCUGAUAUAGAUGAGUGGCUUGAAGAAUUGGCGUCGCAUGGCGCGAGCUCUGAUGAGAAUCUGAAGUCUGAAGAACCGUCUCGUUUGGAUGUUCAACGUGUUACAAAGAAACAAACAGUGGCUGAACUUCUAAGCACCGUUCCAGAAAUUUGCUCUAACUGUGCACGAUGUGGCAUCCCAGGCAAGCCCCCUUCCCAGCCAAGCACACCCGUCGAGGAGCGGACGCCACGUACAUCCUUUUCGGGGGAGAAGUUCCUUUUCCGAAACAAAAAGGGCAAACUUGAACGGAGGCAUCCUAGAAACGAAGAAGAAUAUUACAUGGGGCGACGGCAAUCGAUGCGAUGAGCGCUCGAAGAUGGAGGCCUCAGGAGCGGUGCC